UAAAGACGUUAUUCAAGUGAUGUGUUUGUCAUUUGAAAGAGUUAGUCUUUCAACCGAUUCUUGUGUUUUUCAUUAAUUUGUUAAGUCGCGAAUAAAUUAAUUUUACUAAAAUUAACAAACAAUCAAUUUUUAUAAGUUUAACUUUCCAAUCCGUUAUAAAUACGGAUGGAUUAUUUGUGUUAAUUUUUUUUAUCUGUAUCUUACAAUCCGUUGAGUCGUUUUUUGUUUUCAUCUUUGUUGUUUAUCUAUUGAUAUUACUACUUCAUACACUUUAUUCCGAGAUUUGAACCGUACAUAAGGUGGCAGACGUUCUAAUUCAAAGGUUUAGAAACUGAAGAAUAGAGAAAAAAAUAUUUCCUCUGACUCUGAAGAAGUUGUGAAACGUUUUGAUUAAAAAAAAAACGAAAAUGCAAAAUAUAGACAAUUUUAAGGGGCUACAGAAGAUUAUUGAAAUAGAGAAUGAAGCUUUUCGUGAUAGCUUAUCACCAACUCCAAUAUUCUCACCGGUUUCUCAACUCACUCGUGAUCUUGAUAAAUCAAAUCUAUCGUCUGGUGACACUCCGAAGCAAAGUAAACAACGAUGCGUUGAAGAUAUUAUCUUGAAGUCAGAUAUCGUUCAGAGUAAAUUGCUGGGAAAGUACGACGUUGAAGAUGAAAAACGACUUUUCAAAAACGUCUUUAAAAUUAAAGGAACUCCUGAAGGUAUUGUAAAAUCCAAAUUGAAAGCUAGGAGAAUGAUGACCAUGGCAUCACGACACCUGUCCAGUCCUGACUUGGUUCAUCUUACAAUCAAUAAAGAAAACGGCAGCGCACCCUGCAGUCCACUGGCUAUGAAAUUGAGCCCUCUUACGAGUGUGAAAUCCAAAACACCAAAAUCGAGAUGCCCGCUCGAAGAUUUCGAUCCCAAUAGCCAAGAUAGUGGAUAUGGUGCAGGUUAUCAAGAACCCGAAGAAGGUUUCCGGUUCGUUGAACCCUCGGGAGUGGCUCCUCGACGAAUGUCUAUGGAUUCGCGAAGUCCUCAAGAAUCACCAGUUCGUUCAUUUCCAGGAAAACGCCGUAUUCCAUUUUUAAAUAGACUCUCAUCUGAGGGUGAAGGUAUGGAUGAUGGUUUUAAUGAGCUUCUUGAUGCUGAAAAUUUCAUGGAUAAUCCCGAAAUGCCUAAUGGUCUGAAUGAUUUAAUAUCAGGAGAAAUAUUUUCGAUGAGUGAAAAUCCUAUGGAAUUAGAUGCCUCUACAACCCCAGAAUUCCCUCGAACCAGACCAACCGGUGUAAGACGAUCAUUGUCACUCCAAAAUGAUCGUAUGAAGCAUGAUUCUGAAAGUGGAACCCCGCCAAUAUCUAAAGUACGUUCUUGUUUAUUUCGUUCACCUAAUGCUACAUCAUCAGCCUCUAAAUUAGCUUACAAUGACAACAAACCAAGAUCUACUAUCUUCUCAUCGCCUGAAUCUCCAGCUGUACCUUUUAAGUCGUUUAAAAGACCUGAUCCACCGACUGACGCAAGCCCAGUUCUCGUGAAACGAUGCAAGAAGUCUUCAAGUUUACGCGAAUUUCAAGAAACUCCUGUUGAAGAACAUAAAAGUUCUUUUCCUAAAUAUCAUUCAGAACCAGAAGCUCAUGCUCAUAUUAAAUCUGCUAUUCAUCGUAGUACUACUGACUCUGAUCUAACUGGAGAUUUUAGCAAACCUUGUAUUUUACCGUUAGCUGAAGGACAUCAUGAGGAUUUAAAGUCCAUUUCAACUGAUACUUUGGCCGCUUUAAUUCGUGGUGAAUUUAAGGAUUCAGUAGAUUCAUUUAAAAUUGUUGACUGCCGUUAUCCUUAUGAAUUUGAAGCUGGCCAUAUCAAAGGCGCUAUAAAUCUCUAUACUAGAGAUUUAAUCGAAGAAUAUUUGAUGAAUCCAAUCACUCAUACUCCAGAAAUUCAACCUGAUACAAAUAAAAGGAGAAUUCUAGUAUUUCACUGUGAAUUUUCCUGGGAACGUGGACCUAAUCUAUCACGUUACUUGAGAAAUAUCGACAGAAAGCUCAACAAAGAGCAUUAUCCAGCUUUACAUUAUCCUGAAAUUUAUCUUCUCCAUGGAGGAUAUCAACAAUUUUAUCGUGCACAGAAAGAACUUUGCACUCCACAGGGAUAUAGAUCAAUGACACACCCAGAUCAUGAAGCUGACUUACGUAAAUUCCGUAGCAAAAGUAAAAGUUGGCAAGGUGAAAAGUCAAGAACUAGUCUUAUUUCACGCGCUAAUUUGAAAAGACUAGGAUUGUAAAUAGAAACAUUGUAAAAAUAGUGUUAAUAAUAUGUAAACGUGUACAGUAUAGUUUUGAAAACAAAACAAUCACGUUUUGAUAGUGCAAAAAUAUGAAAGAAAAACAAAUAUUAUACUUCUUACUUUGAAUUAAGGAUGAAGAAAAAUGCAAAAAGUUGACUUUUGUAUAUAGAGCUGUAAUUAAUUAAAAUUUAAAGAAAAAUUUCUAGUACAAUUAAAAAAACUCAAUGCGCUUAUUAUUAUGAUUGUAUUGACGUACAGUAGCAAAUAAUUCUUCGAAUACUUUUGCAGUAAAGUUGUAGUCGACAAUUAUUUUUAUUUUCUUUGUAAAAUAAAUAAUAUAGAAAUGAGAGAUGAUAUGUGUAUAAAGCUAAUGAAGGAUGAAUAAUAGAAUAAUUUAAAAAUGCAAUAGCCUCGUUUCCUAAUAGUUAAUUGUAAGAAACUGAGGCCUUAUUAUUGAAAAAUAGAAUUGUUAUAGAAUUAUAGUAAGUUUAAUAGAAUUAUAAUGCUUGUACAUUAUUCGGGCGGGCAUCCCAUUUGUAUAGAAACGAGCUUAAUUCAUAUCACAAUUCUAUUUUACUCAAUAAAAUAUGUUUAUAAUUUCAAGCAAAGAAAGAUAUAUUUGACGAGGAUCAAUUGCAAAUAGAAUAAGAAAAAUUUUUGUGUCAUUUAUAAAUUUUUUUAUACGUUGAUAAAUUUAUUGAAAUAAUUCUUUCAUCGAUUGUCUUGAAAUUUUCAAUGAAAAUUCUUCAUUAACAUCACUUUACUAUGUACAGGAACCAAAUUUUCAAUUAUGUAUUAAAGUAGUAGAUAAGAACGUAUGUCAAUAAAAUGUGCAAAAUUAUAA